AUGGAAGGAGAAUAUCAACUUGGGUCUAGGUUUCCCCCUGGAUUCAGGUUCCAUCCUUCUGAUGAAGAACUCAUAGUUCAUUAUUUACGAAAUAAAAUCACCUCUCGUCCACUUCCAGCAUUGAUUAUUGCAGAAAUUGAUCUGUACAAGUACAACCCGUGGGAGUUACACAAAAAGGCAUUGUUUGGGGAGGAUGAAUGGUAUUUUUUUAGCCCCAGAGAGCGCAAGUACCCGAAUGGAUUAAGACCAAACAGAGCAGCAGCUUCAGGAUAUUGGAAGGCCACUGGUACGGACAGGCCUAUACUAAGCUCUUCCGGUUCAAAGCGCAUAGGAGUGAAGAAAGCUCUGGUUUUUUACACAGGUCGCCCUCCCAGAGGGGCCAAGACAGACUGGAUCAUGAGUGAAUACAGAUUGGUUGAUACAAUCAGUAAAACUUCCAGGUUCAAAGGUUCCAUGCGACUGGAUGACUGGAUGCUUUGUCGGGUUCGACACAAGGGCUACUCAUCGAAGAAUUCUGGUGAGAGUCAGGAGCGUCAUUGUGGACCAAAUUCGCAGACAAACCUCGCAGGGCUCGAGGAAUUCUCAAGAAACACGGACAUUGAAGCCAACAUUGUCACAAAUCAUCUGUACAAAGACUAUCGAAUCUUGGCCUCUAUUCUUGCUGGCAAACCUGUACUUCCCACGGAGAACAUGUCAAGUGUGAGCUUUAAAGGCAGCAAAGGAGACAGCCUCAAUUCAGUGUGCAGCUACUUCGACGCCUUGAACACAAAAUCUAGUGAGGAUAAUCAAUAUGAAAAUCUCAUUUCUUUCAACGGGGACCUUAACGUUGAGAACAAAAUAGAUCCUUUUACUGCCAAGGUGUUGACGAGAAGUGGCAUGAACUUAUGUAGUCGAAAUCAGUCUCAAGAUGGCAUCCUCAAGGGGAGUCCACCACCAGAUCCUACCAUCAAUUUUUAAGAACAUAACAAAUUGGCCUCCACAGGAAGGCACCCACAAGUCACAAUGAUGAAACUGACUUGAAUAUUCAUAACUCGAAAGAGGAUUGUCUUUCAGCGUCCAAACAAAAUCGUUACUCUACGUUUCACUGUUCAUAUUACAACUUCUGGUGUUUACAACACGAGGAUGUGAUCUCAUGCAAAAGUGUUGAUAGAUUCAUGAGUGGACUCCGAAACUCGUCAAUUAAAAUUGUAUUUCAUUCUUACGGUGGCACAUCGUCUUACUCAGAAUUCACAUUAUCUGGAUGCUAUAUCCAGUGCAUAAUCCUCAAACCUACAGCGCCUACAUAUUGUGUUAUAUCAUUGAUAUAUUCUGCCAAAUAAAACCA